CUGUAAAUUGCGAAGGUGACAGCAACUGCACUCUUGAUUCCAUCAACCCGUAUCUCAGACACGAAAUCAGACAAGCGCUAUCACGCCGCUUAGCACUUUUGUAUACAGAAUGCAACAAACGCCAUGUCAAUUGUCAAUUGUCAAAUACUCAUCGUGAACGAGCAAUUGUCAAUAGGAAAAUAAGAAAGACCCGUCGCACUGAAACGAUACUCCUCGAAGAACUGGAAUGAAAAACAAGCUAAAACAAUGAACACGAGGACAUCCCGACGAUACGCAACUCGAGCAUCGAGUGACCUGUGAAAAUCGCGAAGAAAGGCGGAUGGAUGGCGGCAAAAGGCGAUUCGACGGCUCGCAGCACCGUUCUCCAGCCGUCAACUUCUCCGUGGCGCGUGCCACAGGGCUGGACCAAUGACCGACAAGUGGCACGAGCACCUUACAUAAAACCCUGCAAGAAGAGCGACCCGGAUAUCAACAAGUGCAUCACCAGGUCCAUCGACCAGCUUCGUGACAAAUUAGCGACUGGGAUACCAGAGCUGGAAGCACCUGCCAUCGAACCCCUGAAUCUCAAGGAAAUUCGUCUGUUUCGAGGACCCGUUGGAGCUAGACUUGACAUCAAUAUCACCGACUUAAGGGUAUCUGGACCAUCCACGUUCAAAAUUCGCGAUCUCAAGGCAGAUGUGGAAAACGUGGUGUUCACGUUCAAGGUGAAUUUCGAGAAAUUGAACUUCCAAGGGAAAUAUCAAAUAAACACGAGAGUGCUGUUACUGAAACUGACAGGACAGGGUGAACUCACUGGAACCUUUACCGACUAUGACUCAGACGUCGUCUUAAGAGCACGCAAGGUGUUCAGAGACGGCGAUACCUACCUGAAUUUUGAGAGGAUGAAGGUGAAGAUCAAGAUAGGCAAGGCAAAUUUGCAUCUGAGUAAUUUGUUUGGCGGCGACACAGUCCUUUCUGCUGCGACUCACGAGUUGUUGAACAACAACAACGCACUCUUCCUGGACGAAAUCACGCCAGUUUUGGAAUUAUCAUUGGCAGAGCUGUUCACAGACGUGGCCAAUAAGAUCACGAAGUCCUUCACGUACAAAGAACUGUUUCCAGAUGAUUAAACGAAUUCUCGUAGAAACUGCAACUCUUCAGAGUCGAAAUUUCGAUUUCUCAUAAACGAAGAUACGAUUUUUGUGUAAAAAUUCUUGUAAAAAUGUGUAUAGCUGCUUUAUAUUAAAUUCAAGGGAGUCUACGUUGUUUUUAUUUUCAAUCCACGAUGGAAUGGAGGAAGGAAUUUGGAGACUCAGAUUUUCUUUAUAAUUUCUGAUAAUUAAUAAAAUCAUAAUCAAUGAAUAAUAAAAUGUAAUAGAGUUAACUAGAAAUUAGUUAGUCAUAUUUUGGGAUAA